AAUACUUUUGAACAUCUCCUGCAAGGACUACCAACCAUUUUUGACAUUUUAAGCAAGCUCUAAUGCAUUCAAACGUCAUUUCCAAGGACUACAAACCAUUUUUGACCAGAAAUUUGGGCAAAAUCUAACACAUUUGAACUACUUCUGCAAGAACUACAAACCAUUUCUUGACAUUUCACCAAGAUCUAAGAGAAGUUGACCAGAAAUGGAAACUGCGAAACCUUUGGGAAUGUUUUACGACAACGUUUCGAUUCUAGAUCUGGACAGCGCUGCGAUAAACAACAUCUACAUCCGGGAGGACUUCGAUGCUUUCAGCGUCACCAUGGCCGUCUUGUACCUGGCCGUGUGCAUUGUGGGAUUGGCCGGGAACUCGCUGGUCAUCGUCACCAUUCUGAAACUGGACAAAAUGUCUUCGGCGACCACCGUCUACAUUUUCAACUUGGCUUUGGCGGAUGGCCUCUUCAUGGUGGGACUCCCGUUCAUCGCCAUCCAAAACUUCCAGGACCAGUGGAUCUUCGGAGAAGCCGUUUGUAAGCUGGUUAUGGUUCUGGACGGCAUCAAUCAGUUCACAAGCGUGUUCUGCUUAACGGUGAUGAGUGUUGAUCGUUAUAUGGCUCUGGUAGACCCGCUGCGCUUCGCUCGCUGGCGGACGCCUCGACGGGCGAAGAUCAUCGCCACAUUAAUGUGGUUCAUCUCUCUGUUUCCAGUGCUUCCGAUGGCUAUUCACUUUUCCACCACCUACGGUUUGUGCACCAUUGACCCUCAUAUUGCAUCGGACUCCUGGUGGUUGGCUUUUCUUAGCUACACAUUCGUACUGGGCUUCGCCUUGCCGUUCACCAUAAUGAUCGUGUUUUACACGGCACUUCUAGUGACUCUGAGAAACGCCAGACAGCAGACGUCUCCUUCAAUGGAAAGCCACAGGUUUGAGACACAGGUAACCAAGAUGGUGGUGGCGGUAGUUUUGGUGUGCAUCUGCUGGCUGCCGUUCUACGUCUUCAACUUUUGCUCUCUGCACCGGAUAGACCCGGUGCUCGAUUUCACGCGUGGCUUUGAGUUUGUGGUGCUGCUGUCGUACUCGUGGAGCUGCGCCAAUCCAAUACUGUACGCAUGUCUGUCGGAAACAUUUCGAAGGCAUUUCCACGCCCUCCUCUGCCCUCACAAGAGCUCCCCGACACACUUUGACAGAGACACCGAGGGCUUUGUCUUGCACGACACCAACGUACAAAGCAUGCUAGCUUAGUACGUCUCUGUUUAUAUGUAAAUAUUUAGAAGGGUUCGUGUUGCAAUGCAUUCCCACUUUGUAAACAAUCACUCUUUGCUUGCCACAUUUUUCUAGUACACUUCAAAUUAUGAGUCUUUGAGAUUGCUUUUGCUUCUAUGCAAUAGAGAAAAAGACAUGAGCAGACUGAGUCAUCAUAAUAAGUGAUGAGCGGAAGUCAAUAACUCACCUUAUGCUGCAGCAAAGUGCUUUUACCACAAAAGCAAAGUCACUUGCUUUCCAUGCAAAAGGAAGGGCCGUGUUGUAAGGAUGAUUAUGCCAUUUCUGCUCUCCUGUACAAUCGCUGUCAAACUGAUUGUGGACUUCAGGAUGAUGUCAUGGUUGUCAUGGCAUCCAGCUUGGACCAAAUAUUUGAGGACUUUUGUGUGACUGUUGCCGAAUGACACAUGAAAAAAGAAUGUGGUUGUGAAUUUGAUAAAUUAGAUGUUAAUGGGCAACACUGGUUUAAAUGAACAUGUGUUAUUAAUUAUAUAUACAAUAUCUACACAGGGUAAUGUAUAUUUUUAUUAUUUGAUAUAUAUAUAAAUUUCUUUAUUUGGUUUGACAGGAUGGCACACCAAGAAACUAUAAGUAAUUAUGCUUUGUAAUAUAUUCUGAACUUAUGAUUAGAAAUUAACAAUUUACCCUUAUUUUCAGCGUAUCACAGUAUUUUGCCAAUGUUUAUGGUUUAUGCCAAUAUUUUACUUUAUUGCAUGUAUGGAACACUUGCAUGUAAUCAUCAAAAAAUAUAAUUUUUUCACUUUCUACAGAUGUAAAUCAUCAUUGCUCAUAAACAUUAAAAUUCAGAGCUAACAACAGAGUGUGUAAUUCUCUUUGUUCAAGUAAGUAGACUGAAUUAUUUAAACGUUUAUGAAACUUUGAGCACGUUGAUGCUGUCAAAGGAGCACAUUUUCAGAUUAAAUGUUCAGAGAAACAAAAAUGCAUCCAGAAUGAGUUGUUUCUGCUUUAAAAUGUAUAAAUGUAUAACCACUUGCAGAGAAAACCAUGAAGUUGGUAACUGAGAAAUGCAUUGAGAAAAAGGUCCUCAGAACCUCUUUGCCUCACAUCUGGCCCAAAUGUUAUAAACGUGUUGUUUUUGCUGCAGUUUUAUAGGCAGCCGAGGUGCAAUACAAGCCUAUAACAUACCUUUCCUUACUCAGUAUUCAUGACUAAAGGGAAACCUGGUAGCAUAAAACUUUUCUCAUCAAAACAAGGGUACAAACACACAUGUAUGCAUGUAUAUGCAUGCACUUUUCCUAAAAAUGACCACUGUUGCCAGUCUUCCUGUUAAAAAUAAAUAAAUAAACGUGCAUAAAUGUAUAAGACAGGACUUGGUGGGAGACAGCAUGCUUAGAUGAGAACACUUAAAAUACUUCAUUCCCAUGAACAAAUGUAGAAGAAGAGUAUCCCAUGGCUCCAUGAUGAAUACGUUUUCCUGACGAUUGUCAAAAAAUUAUACCUCUGACAUAAAACAGAAGCAAUCCAAGAUCAUCAAAUCUUCCAAAAAAAAAAAUAAUAAUAAUAUUUAUAUAUAAAUUUAGAAGGUUAGCAAUGGCUCUCACACACUUUAUGUACCGAAACAAUUUUAAAAGACAUCUCUCAG